GUCAAUCACAUUCUUCUUCACCAACUUUCCGAACAAUUGGAACCAAGAACAAAUUUGGUGAGCUUUUAGAAGCUAUGGCAGGGUUGUAGAGAUCUAUUUCCAAACAAGAAAGAUAAAUCUGGCAGACAUUUUGGGUUUGUCAAGUUUCAAGACAUGGAAAAUGCUAGAAUGCUAGAGAGGGAGCUAGACCAGAUCAAUGUCAGAGGAGUUAAAAUCCACAUGAAUCUAUCGAGGUUCGAAAGACAACCAAAGAUGCAGAAGGGAGAAGACCAGAAUAGCGCAGAUAAGGAAGGUGACCAGAAGAAUGUAGAUAAGGAAGGCAUAAUGGAAGCAAACAGACAAGCAAGAUGGUUUUAUGCAGAUGUUCUCAAAGGAUUAAAGACAAGUGAACUUGUGAUCAACAAGGUUGUGGUUGUAGAGCAAACAAAGAACCAUACAGAAAAUGUCAGGACAAACAUUCCUAGAACGAAAGAUAGAAGGGAAUAGAGAGCAAAAAACAAAACUCCAGAAUGGAAAGGAUGGGAAUUCAAUGUUGAGGAAGCAGAAUUUGAAUGGGUGAAAGGCAGUUAUGUAGGAACAGCCAGGGCAAUAGAAUUAAUCCUAACAA